UCACUCGUUGUCUCUGACUGACCACGUCUGGUCACUCGCGGAAAAAUGUCUGGAAAAAUAACACGAGAGGAGGAGGAGGAGAUGAGGGAGAUCUUUGAGAAAAUUGAUCUUGACAAAAAUGGGUUUAUUUGUGAUUACGAACUCGGGGAGCUCCUCAGAGAGGCUGGCCACCCGCUGCCUGGGUUCAAGGUCCGAGACACCCUCCAGAAACUCGAUCGCAACCAUGACGAUAAAAUCAGCUUUGAUGAAUUCCUGGCGCUCAUCAAGGAGCUAAAGGGCAGCCAAGUAGCUAAAACCUUCCGGAAGGUCAUCAACAGAAAAGAGGGAAUCCUGGCUAUCGGAGGAACGUCGGAGCUGUCUAGCGAAGGCACACAACACUCCUACUCUGAGGAGGAGCGAUACGCUUUUGUGAACUGGAUCAACACGGCUCUGGAAAAGGAUCCGGACUGUCAACAUGUUCUGGCCAUGGAUCCCAACACAGAUGCUCUGUUCACGGCUCUGGGAGAUGGGAUUGUGCUCUGCAAAAUGAUCAACCUGUCAGUGCCAGACACGAUUGACGAGCGAACCAUUAAUAAGAAGAAGCUUACACAUUUUACGACACAGGAGAAUCUGAACCUGGCCCUGAACUCCGCGUCUGCCAUCGGCUGCCAUGUGGUGAACAUCGGUGCUUUGGACCUGAAAGAAGGAAAGCCCCAUCUGGUGUUGGGUCUGCUAUGGCAGAUCAUCAAGAUCGGCCUGUUUGCCGACAUCGAGCUCAGCAGAAACGAAGCGCUGGCGGCCUUGCUGAGAGACGGUGAAACCCUGGAGGACCUGAUGAAGCUGUCCCCAGAAGAGCUGCUGCUGCGCUGGGCAAACUAUCACCUGGAGAAUGCCGGCUGGAAGAAGAUCAACAACUUCAGCUCAGACAUCAGUGACUCGAGGGCCUACUUCCACAUUUUGAACCAGAUUGCUCCGAAAGGCACCGAGGACGAUCAUCCACGCAUCGACAUUGACAUGUCGGGCUUCAGCGAGAGGGACGACUUGAAGAGGGCAGAAGCUAUGCUGCAGCAGGCCGACAGACUCGGCUGUCGACAGUUUGUCACCCCGACUGAUGUCAUCAGUGGAAACCCCAAACUUAAUCUGGCCUUUGUGGCCAAUCUGUUCAACAAGUACCCAGCCCUGACGAAGCCUGAUAAUCAGGAUAUUGACUGGGGAUUGCUGGAGGGUGAAACGAGAGAAGAGAGAACAUUUAGAAACUGGAUGAACUCCCUGGGAGUGAACCCCACUGUGAAUCAUCUCUAUGUGGACUUACAAGAUGCCAUCGUCAUCCUUCAGCUCUAUGAGAAGAUUAAAGUACCGGUCGAUUGGAACAAAGUCAACAAGCCGCCUUACCCCAAACUGGGAACCAACAUGAAAAAAUUGGAGAACUGUAACUAUGCGGUGGACCUGGGCAAAUCUACCAAGUUCUCCCUUGUUGGUAUCGGCGGGCAGGAUCUGAAUGAUGGCAACGCCACUCUGACUCUGGCGCUGGUGUGGCAACUCAUGAGGAGAUACACGCUGAACGUGCUGGAGGAUCUGGGAGAUGGAGAGAAAGCAAAUGAUGACGUCAUUGUAAAAUGGGUGAACAAAACAUUGGCAGAGGCUGGAAAAUCCACAAAGAUUUCAAGUUUUAAGGACAAGGAAAUCUGCAGCAGUCUGGCGGUGUUGGAACUGAUCGAUGCCAUCCAACCUGGCAGCAUCAACUUUGAGCUGGUAAAAACCGGCGGCCUCUCUGAAGACGACAAACUCAACAACGCCAAAUACGCCAUCUCGAUGGCGAGGAAGAUCGGAGCUCGUGUCUACGCUCUCCCAGAGGACCUGGUGGAGGUCAAACCCAAAAUGGUGAUGACGGUGUUUGCCUGUUUGAUGGGCCGGGGGAUGAAGCGCGUCUGAGCAGCCUGCUAUCGCCCCAGACCCACAAAGCUCUAGCGCUUCAGGAGGCCUCCCCCAGCUACACACGAAGAUUGUUCUGAAGGCUUGAAUGGGUCAGAAUCCUAGAUUUGCAUGCACUCUUUACCUCCUCUUGACCAGCAGAGGUAUUUUGGGAAGGAUCAUGUGCCGUCCUUUUAUUGAAGGUGAGGCUGCACUACUAUCAUCUCUAGAGGCGGUCCUCAUGAAUCUGUUACACUCGGAACGCACAUCUCUACACGCUUAUGAAUGCUGUUUUUCAAAGCAAUUAUGCAAGGUUGUUUACAUAUUUUCUGGCAGACUGAUAAAGAAAUGAUCGCCUUGACGAAACGAGACAUUCCUGAAAACCUUAACUUACUCUGAAUACGUGCUACAGAAGGCCAAAAAUGAGAAGUCUGAGAGGCUGGAUGUUGUCGGGAGCUCUACCCAAACGUCCUCUCUUAAUGAAGUUCAAGUGUCUUAGUGAGCGGCUGCCCCGCUGUCGUAUCUGUACACAGAAGCCAUAAAAAGGUGCGUUUAUGAUGGCCAACACGAUGGGCUGUUUGUGCUCUUGUUUAUAUAUUUGGGAUUAUCAUGUGACGUCCUGUAAAUGCUGUCUCUGGGGUUUCUGGUCUUUGUUGUUUUGGGGAUUUAAUAAUUUGGUCAUUCCUGUAAAUUGGAUGAGGAGCAGGCUGACCUUCCACACUUUUGCUGUGCCUUCUAGACUCAGAAGUGACUCGUGUGUUGAGCUUUUCUUUGUUUUUUGUUUUUUAUGUUUUUUUUGUGUGUAUCUCUCAUAUCCAACAUUACCAAAUACAAACUGUAGCAUCAUUCCAGGUAGCACCACGAUAUCCUUGACUACGACCAAGUAGAAUUUGGUCUCGUGCUCAUUUCUACUCUUCCAGUUAAGUGCUUUACAAGUAACAAUAAAAAUGACGAUGAAAAACCGA